UAAAAAAACUGCCAUUGCAAGUUUUUCUUUUUCCUUUAGAGGCAAGGUCCUCCCGUAUUGCGGUUCGGAUCCGGGUUUCCAAGAUCCGAUUUUCAUCUAUCACCCUACUUCCCCGCUUUGUCUGGUCUAGAAACGGAGCUACCCCCGCCGUGAGAAGAUGACUCAUCGCUGCUCGCAUUGCAGCCACAACGGACACAACUCCCGCACAUGCCCGAACCGAGGGGUCAAGCUAUUCGGAGUACGGUUGACCGACGGGUCGAUUCGGAAAAGCGCCAGUAUGGGUAACUUAAGCCCGUAUUUCGGGUCGAAUUCGGGCAUGCAUAACGGGAAUGGGUCGGGUUCUCCCUGUGGGGGCCCGGAUCAUGCAGAUGGUUAUGCUUCUGAGGAUUUUGUCCCCGGGUCGUCUUCGAGUCGUGAAAGGAAAAGAGGUGUUCCUUGGACGGAAGAGGAGCAUAGGAUGUUUCUACUUGGACUGCAGAAGCUUGGAAAAGGCGAUUGGCGUGGAAUCUCACGCAAUUAUGUUAUUUCGAGGACUCCUACUCAAGUAGCCAGCCAUGCUCAGAAAUAUUUCAUCAGGCAGUGCAAUGUUUCCCGGGGAAAAAGACGAUCCAGCCUCUUUGAUAUUGUAGCCGAUGAAUCAAGCGACAACAUUCCACAGGAUUUGUUCUUGGAAAACCCUCCACAGCCUGAAACACAGAGCCCUGCAUUGGAUGAAGAAGGUGAAUCAAUGGACGCCAACAACUCGAAUGACAAUGUAAAUAUUCCUCCAAAACCGGAUACCUCACAACCCUGUCACCCAGCACUAUAUCCUGCUUACUUCCUGCCAUUCUCUCCGUUUUCACUUCCAUAUCGGAUGGGUCAGAAUACCGAACAGACCAAGGACACACAUCAAGUGAUCAAGCCAAUGGCUGUACAUUCAAAGAGUCCGAUCAAUGUCAAGCAGCUGGUUGGGUUGUCAAAAUUGAGAUUGGGAGAAUCGAUCGGUGAUAGUGGCACAUCCUCUCUUUCACUAAAACUCAAUGGUUCAUCCAGGGCAUCCGCUUUCCAUGUGAAUCCUAGUCCUGGUAAGUCAAGCAUGAAUUCAAGUGGGAGUCCAAUCCAUGCAGUUUAAACACAAAUUUGUCUGAAUUAAGGUUCCGGGUCUGUGAGCAGUACAGGUUGUUGUUAAUAGAAGACUAAUAAUAUGCAGCCUGGGUCAACUGAAUAAAUUUGUGUUAUUUU